GAGAGUGACGUCAGACUGGAGGCUGGACCAUCAUGGCGGCCGUCAUGAGGCUAGUCAACAGAGGCACUUUAAGUUCAACAAUGGGUCAACAGUUUUUGGCGUUUAGUUCCGCAGCAAAGGCAGGCGCAAGAGCAGGCCAAGCUCUUCCUGAAAAGGUGAAGAUAGUGGAGGUGGGACCUCGAGAUGGUCUACAGAAUGAAAAGACCAUCGUGCCAACGGAGACAAAAAUACAUUUGAUUGACAUGUUGUCAGCAUCAGGGCUUACAGUCAUUGAGGCUACCAGCUUUGUUUCUCCAAAGUGGGUUCCGCAGAUGGCUGACCAGGUGGAGGUGAUGAAGGGGAUCUGUAAGAGACCUGGCGUGUCUUACCCGGUCUUAACCCCAAACCUCAAAGGUUUCCAGUCUGCAGUGAAGGCUGGUGCUUCGGAGGUUGCCAUAUUUGGUGCUGCAUCUGAGCUGUUCAGUAAGAAGAACAUAAACUGCUCAGUGGAUGAGAGUUUACAGCGCUUUGAAGAGGUUAUGAAAGCAGCUAAAGAGGCUGGUGUGCCAGUAAGAGGUUAUGUUUCAUGUGUGCUUGGAUGUCCAUAUGAAGGCAAUGUGGCACCUGAAAAAGUUGCACAUGUAGCUAAGCGUCUGUACUCCAUGGGCUGCUAUGAGAUCUCCCUUGGUGACACUAUUGGGGUGGGAACUCCAGGAAGCAUGACUGAAAUGUUGCAAGCAGUGAGCAGAGAGGUCCCACUUAAUGCUCUGGCAGUGCACUGCCACGAUACCUACGGUCAGGCCUUGGCUAACAUCCUUGUAGCAUUACAGAUGGGAAUCAGUGUGGUGGACUCUUCAGUAGCUGGAUUGGGCGGCUGUCCUUAUGCCCAGGGGGCUUCUGGGAAUGUAGCCACUGAAGAUGUAGUCUAUAUGCUGCAUGGACUUGGGAUUCAAACAGGGGUUGACCUCUCAAGGCUGAUGGAUGCUGGAGCUUUCAUCUGUCGAACCCUCAACAGAAAGACCAACUCCAAAGUCUCACAGGCCACUUGUAAACUGUAAAUGAAAGCCAAACCACACAGACUAAACAACCAUGCAACCUGGAGCACUCAUCUUUUACGUGUUCAGUUCUCCUCAUUAUAAUUAUGGAAUCACUUUUCAUUUACUUGUAUAAGAAUAUUUAUUUAGUAUUGGGAGAGUCUUUCCACUGUUGAGAAUAAACCCUCUGAUCAGAUGAGCACUACAUUAAAGCAUAGCUGGAACAGUGCCUUAUCACUUUAAUCCUUAAUAUUAGACCCAUCACAAGCCUUCACCUAUCUUUUAAACAGUGUGUUUGCUGUAUGGGCAUUGGGGGCGAGCCAAAUAGAAGCACAGAUUUUGUUUAUAGUAAUAAGUUCAACAGUUAAGAUGUCAGAGCGAAAGAUAAACUCUCCAUUGAUGUCAUACAGAGGCAGAAGUGUUGUUUUGAUUUCUAUCAUCCUUAAUAUGCAGUGAUCACUGUUUUCAAACUGUUAUUUUAAUAGACAAAGGGAGAAUCUAACACAUUCAGCAUGUAUGAUUUUGGGUAUUAUACCGAUGUGUGAAAUAAUACAGAUGUGCAGUACUUCUCUGAUUUCACAGAAUUGUUUUUACAUGUAGAAGUUCUAGUUGUACUUUAUUGGUUAGAUAUUUAUUUUGAAAAACCUGUCUUCUAAUUAAUGAUGUACAUAUUUAACAAUAUUGUGAGUUAAAAAAAAAUAAAACGAUUUCAUAAGUAAAA